GUAACAGGACACAGGUGUGCGUGUGCCUACCUACCUGUGCUUAACCCCGUGCUCAGAAUUAGCUCUUAAUAACCGACAGCUGCCUUUGCCUUCUUAGAAACAACUUGUUGUUGGGUUCGGGAUGUUUGUCUGGUUGUGUUUAAUUGUCGGAGCUUCGGCCGCCGGUCGCUUUCUAACCGACGGACCGGUGAUGACUGGCCAGCCGCUGGACGUGCCCGUGAACAGCAGUCGUGUUUUAACAGCAGCACGGUUUGCUGUGGUUGAGUUCAACAGAGCCAACGCAGAGGAGCAGUUUGCUUACAAAGUUAUGAAAAUAACAUCGGCCAAAAUACAGAUAGUCGCUGGAAUAAACUACAUCCUGGAGGUGCAGUUGGGGCGUACAGUGUGCAAGAAAAGCCACAUGGCAGUCAGUGAGACAUGUGCUCUCCACCCUGAACCCAAGGGGCGUCAGUGUCACUUCAUCGUUACAGAAAUCCCCUGGGAAAAUUCAACUAUACUCACUAAAAACGAAUGUCACCCGAAUAAAAUCUAAUACUCUUGAUGCUUUCCCC